AUGCUAGCUAUUGCUCAUUUUUGUUAUGAUUGGAUACAAAGUGUUCCAGUACUAUAUUCUCCACAACAAAUUGGUCCUUUGUACUUUAAGAGUAUGCACUUAGUCAGUAUUUUUGAAAUUAAUGACACUGGUAAUCAGCCUCAAUCUCAUCAAAUAAAUUAUCUUAUAGAUGAAGGAAAGUUUCCUAUAGAAGUAGCAAAGGGUGCAAAUACAACUUUAAGUUUGGUUUAUGAUACACUUAUUGAAUAUAACAGAAAUGAGAAGAACAUCAAGAUUACUUGUGAUAACUGUGGAGGAUAA